AUGAACAGCCCAUUGCCAUUAAGUAAGAGCAAUGAUUUGGACUAGCUGGGAACAAAACGGAUUUCUGGUUAGAUGAAUGAUCAAUUCAUAGAGACUAUUUUCAAUGUGCAAAAAUAGAAUGAGGAGCAAGAACCUCAGAAGGAAUAAAAGUAUCGAGUGAGAUAUACAGAGAAGUUAUCGAAAGUUUAUUAUUUGUAUCUGAAAUUGAUUAUGGGUCGAUAAUUGGAUGAGAAGGAGGAUGAGGAAUUUCUAGAAUAUUUAGAUCAUAGAUCAACUGAAAAAGGGAGAAUAACCAAAAUGAAGAGUAGUUUUGAAUAUGUAGAUGAAUUCGAUUAUCAUAUGGGCGAUGUGGUUUUAAGUUUCCCAAAUCCAGAUUCCCCCGAAGUAGAAUAUGUGUCUUAGAUGUCUCCCAUGGAAGCCAUCACUUUAUGUAUGAAUAGUUUCAAUCUCAAAAAUAGUGGAACAGACUUUGAAGUCAUUGAUAACUUAGUCUUUCUCAAAGCCAUUGAGGCUAGUUUGUUUAUGUUGGCCUAAGUCUUUGAUGAUGAUGAGGCUCCAAUCGAAGAAAUAGUUUAGGACAGCGAGGAUGACGAAGAGAAAUUGAAGUCCAAAAAGAAGAAGAAGACUUAAGGCUUAAUGCGUGCAGGAGGUGAAAGUGAUAAACUUGCUCUGGCUGCUAUGAAAAUCGAUAAUAAACUAAGAGCUAUUAAAUAAACCGUUAAGGGCAAUAAAUUAUAGGCAAUCAAGGAAAUCUUCAAUCUGGAUUAUGACAAAUUGAAUAAGAGCAAAACGAAGUAUAAAAUGGCCAAGGGAAAUUACUUUCAAUAUGACAAUGCAAAAAAGGAGUGGAUUCGUACUAAAAAUGACACACAGGACUUCACCACUCUUAUUAGACAUAUAGUAAUGAUUCAAUUAUCUAAAACUGGAUUCAAUUUGAGACAGUUUCUAUCUAAAAAUGGGGCAAUCAUCUUCGUUGUCCUAUAUCAAUGCGACCAGAAUUUGGGAAUAGUAGCCUAAACACAUUAAAUUACUAAAUAAUUGUACUUGCAAUUCUCAGACCUGCUCUCCUUGGAACCUGUGGACAAAAAUCUACGGCCUUUGAGAUUGAACAAUAGAUUAUGGAGAGAUCCAGAAGAGUAUGCUAAUGAAUAACUCUCAGAAAACUUUCUCUAUUUAAAACCAAAAAUCUAAGAGUUACUCUAAGAAAUCAACUUCAAAAAAAUAGCCAGAGAAUUGAAUCUGUCACAAUUGAAUCAGCAAUUAUUCUCCAAAGAAGGAUCCGAAGACAUUAUUGAAUUUGAUGGACCAACCGACGCCAUGUGGUCUGCAUAUUACUCAUAUCUUAUGUAUCUCAAAUAACCAAUCAAAUAAUUCAGAGAAGCAUUCAAGAUUGAUAAUGACCGAGCAUUGACUAUUAAUAGAACGCCCUAUCAUCUAUAUAAAUAAAGAUUUCCAAAUGAUUAGAUGUUGGAGAAUCUCAAGAUGUCAGAAAUCAAAAAAUUAGAAGAAUUUGUCUCCGAAGAACAGAUUGAACAAGAAAUUCAAUUGCAUGGCAGACCCAACGAUAUCUAUCGAGUUCUCAAGGGAAUUUAUAAAAUAGUCUUAGAACAGAGAGUGAUCUAAAAUAAGUACAGUCUAAUUAAAAGUUACUUCCACUUGCCAAGUUACAAGAAAGUCACCAGCAGAUAGAUCAAAGCAUCAAAAAGAGAGAUGCUAGCAAUGAAUUACCUUGAAUUGCUGUAAGAGGGAUUGGAAGUCACCAACUAUCAGAAUAGGUAGUUAUUUACAAUUUGGGAUAUUAUUGGGAUCCAACCUUUUGAGCCUUUCAUUCCCUAUAGCAUUACUCCUAAAAACAUUGCAUUCAGUCAACAGAUCAAAAUGAAUUCCAUAUGGAAGAAGUAUCGAGUCACUGAGACAGGGAGGAUCUCAUUGUUUUCUACUAUGGAGAGAAUGAAGCUGAAUAACUUGGCCUUGGGUGAAAAAAUCAAUUUCUCAAUUCUGUUCUCUAGAAAUCUUGCUAUUUCAGCAUUUUGUUUAAGUGACGAUUUUGAACUGUUUGGCAAGUCAAAUAAAUAACUAUUCGAUCCAUUAUUUGAAGAGGAAUACGACAAUGAAAUUAUAUUAAAGGAAACUUAAUAUACGUAUUUCUAUCGAGAACUCAAGCAUCAUGAGGCCCAAGAUAAGAGAGGGCCUAAUAAAUACAUCCUAAAUGAUUACAGUUACGUGACUCCUAAGUUAGAGAAUUUGGCCUUCAUUUGGCGAUUUGAGUAUAAAUAACCCUGGUUCAUUCCAACUUAAUAAAUUCGAGAGUAUUAUGGAGAGAAAAUUGCUUUGUAUUUUACAUUUUUGGGUUAUUAUACGAUGAUGCUGUUACCUAUCGGGUUUAUAGGUUUGAUAAUUAGUAUAAUUCAAUUGUUGGUUUGGAAUCAAAAUGAUUAUAAUUACAUAAUGCCUCAAAUCAUAUUUGGUAUGAUUUAAAUCUAAUGGGCUAAUUUGAUAUAUGACUUAUGGUAGCAGAGAGAGAAAGUGUUUGCAGCACAAUAUGGUUAAGGCGAAGGAGGAUCAGGAGAGUAGGCUUAAUAGAGAUCUGACUUUGUGGGUAAUUAUGAAAGAUCAAUUGAGAAUGAUAAUUUGAAUACUUUGAAUUAUUCGGAUCUCAAAAAGUUUAUGAGAAUUCUAUUGACUCUUUUGAUUUAAAUAGGUAUUUUGGGAGUCUAUGUUGGUAUUGUAAUUGGUAUAUUUUAUUUUUCUGAGAAAUUACAAACUACAAAGGAAAUUGAAAAUUUGAUUGGCAAUGGUGUUGCUUAACUGUCAGUAACCAUCCCAGCUUUAGUCAAUUUAAUAGUGAUUCUGAUUUUGGAUCCUUUUUUUGACAAGACAGCAGGGUCAUUGACUGAUUAUGAGAAUCACAAAACAAUUACAGAAUAUGAGACCAAUUUUGUUUUUAAGAAGUAUUUCCUAUCUUUUUUUGCACUCUGUGGACCAGUGGUUGAAAUCAUGUUUGGACAUAAAAAAGUAGGUUUGCAUUGUAUAAAUGAUGAUUGUUUGAAGCAUGCUUAAUAUCAUUUCUCGACCAUAUUCUUAAUACAAUUUUCAUUGAACAUUUGGGAAAUCAUCAAACCAAAAGUGAUAGUAUUUCUGCGAUAAUUGAGGGAGAAAAAAGAAGAAAAUGUGGAAGUCUAAAAAAACAAGAAACUCACUUCUCAGAUUGAUGAGAUCAGAGAGGAUGAUGAGGAUGUGAGACAUGAUGAUUUGAAUUCCCAAAAGUCACCAAGUCUAUCUCCUGAUAGAGCAUCUUCGAAAUAGGCUAAUGAACAAAAUGUUUCUGAGAAAUAAGAUACUCAAAAGAAAGAAACCAUUACAAGAGAGACAAAUCCCUUCGAAAAAAUAAAUAAUUUUAUUGAAAAUGAAUUCUUGUACAAAGAGUCCUACGUUAUCAGUCCUGAAAGAUAUGGUACUGUAGAUGAAUAUAUGGAAAUCACUCUCUAAUAUUCAAUGUUGGUGUUAUUUGGUACGACAUUUCCAUUAUGUUUUUUCAUUGCUUUCAUUUGGAACGUGGUGGAAUUGCAGACAGACAAGUUGAAAUUGUUGAAUGAUAUGUAAAGACCAUUGCCACUAGGGGAAUCUACAAUUGGAGUGUGGAAUGAUGUGCUUGAAGGAUUGGCAUAUCUAUCCUUAGUUUCGAAUAGUGGUUUGAUUUCUUAUUCGAGAGACAGAAUCGUUGAUUACAAUCCAACAAUAAGUUUGCUCGCUUUCUUUCUAAUCAUCUUGUUGUCUAAUUUCUUUUUAAGGUAUAUUGAAGGUUCAAUAUUUGGAGAGAUACCUUACGAAAUAUAGAAUUUAAUGCAAAGACAUUAAUAUUUGAUCAAGAGUACUAUUGAGAAGUUUAUGGGCUCAAGUGAAAAGUAAUCAUCAGAAAACCAAGGAGACGAUGAUAUCAAAAGAUAUCCGACUCAAAAGAUUUAUGGUUGUUUAUUAUCAGAAUAGAAGACAUGUUAAUACGAAGAAAUUAGUUCAGAUUCUGAUGUGGAAGAUUAUAUUGUGAACAAGUAGAAGUAAAAGGAGAAAUAAUAAUAAAAUAAUAAUUCCCCUAAAAGUAUGAAAUCAUCACCAAGGAGUGCAUUGAAAUCAGAGUCAUCAAAAAAGAAAUCGAAAUCUAAAUUAAGUGCAUCCACUACUAUGGAAGAUGAAGAUGCCAAAUCAAAAAAGAAAAAGGAAUCCAUUGAAACUUUAAGGAAAUAUUUGGCUGGCAGACCUUCUAAUUGGGCUAUGAAAUUUAAAUUGAAGGAUUCUACUGACCCAGAAAUACAACAAAAGCAAAAGGCUUUCUUCUUUAAGACUCUCAAAUUUCUGAAAAUGCUGAAUGAACUCAAUCCUCAUUAAAAGUUGUGGACAGAUGAUCGUUUCACUUUCAGAAAAUGCUUCUUAAGAAGACAUCUAGUGUUGAUAAGAAAUCUUGAUUGGAGAAGAACCAUAGUAUUUUAGGAGAAUCAAAACAAACUUAGACAUGGUUUGAAGGAGAGUUAACAUGAGAAGUAUAGAAGGUAGUUGACAAUCCUGAAUCAGAAUCUUGAUAUCCAUUCGAAUUUCAUUGAAAAGAUGGAAAUAUUGAAAAAGAUAGAAGAAUAUGUGGAGAAGCACUUAUGGAUUGAUGGCCGUAAGACUGUUGUGUUUAAAGUCUAAGGAGUUUGGUUUAGUUAAUAUCGUAAGAGCACAAGAAAAAAACCAGCCAUAGCAAUUGCUAAGAACUAUGUUAAGUUGCUUAUGAAUUACAAAUCCGUCUUCAAACAAUAAGGAAGGGAAUUGGAUACUAAACCCGUUGACGAACGAUUCUACUCUUACAUUAAUAGCAUGACUCAAACUCAAAUAUCUAGAUAUUGUGAUGAAGACUACUUGAAAUUUGUGGAUUCAAUACAAUUGCCUCCGAAGACCAACUUACAAUUCCCUUUGACAUCCAAAGGAGUCAGCUAGGUGGAAUACGAAUUAGAUGCCUACAUUGGAUUGGAUUUGAGGAAGUAAUUCAAUUUGGUCAAUUUCACUUACAUUCCUUUCAGAAUCUAGGCUCCACCAGUCUCAAUCUUAAGAAAUCAGAUUUGGAAUCUGUUCGUUGAUCAAUAGAUUGCUAAGGAGUAGCCUAUUUUAUAUUUCAUCGUUCCUUUAGAUACGAAGAAAUCCUUGCAUACAGCCACUUUAGAAUACAAUGUCUUUGCAGCCAAACAGUAAAUGUAUAGAUGGUUAGUGUCUUAAGUUCAGAAGCCUAAAUUGGCUGAUGUUUUGGUGUUUUUUUAGACUGAAAUUCUGUACCACAGGACUCUACAUAAAGACAUUAUAAGCAGAGUGGCAAGAUUCUAUGAGAAAAUAACUGAUAUACAAUACAUGGAAUUGCAAUUGAAGGUCCCUAUUGUUCCUCUUAAGUAUCUAAAGAUAACACCUGAAGAUCCAAUAACAAAUAUUAGGGAUCCAGUCAUCAAAGGGUAUUUGAGUAGAGCAUACGGACCACCUAAAGGAUUCAGCAUUUGCAAUGGUAAGGCAUUCAAGGAAGUCUUGUAGAGUAGAACAAACUAUUACAGUGAUUAGGAAAUUUGUGAAUUUUUGGUGAGUGUAUUGGAUACUUUGUCAUUUGUUGAAUGUGAAUAGGGUAUGUAUCAUGGCAGUAUCAAUUUGUAAACAAUAAUAUUAUUGAAAAAUUAAUAACCGAAUGAUAUUUGGUAUACGUAUGGACUGGUGGAUUUUGGGAUGUUCUAUUGGUAUGAUUAUAACGAGGAGAAAGUAUAUUUCACAAGAGCCAUAGAAUAAAAUGAUGAACUUUGGUACAUGAGUCCAGAAUUAAUCACAAAUUAUUUGAAUCCAAAAUUCCAGAUUGCCAUUUCCCCAUAGAAGUGUGAUGCAUACUCAUUAGGCAUGGUUGGUUUACAGAUGGCAACACUUGGUAAGAUGGGCAUUCAGAUUGAGCAGUUAUUGAAGGAUCAAGAAGGAGAUGUGGAGAGAGCUGUUAAGAGAUGGAUUGUGAAUAGUAAGCAGCAAUUGACAAUGAAGUAUCCGAAUACUAUGAAUUUGGUGUUGUAAUUGAUCAAUCCUGAUUAAAUGCAGAGAUAGUUCCCUAGUUAGAUUUAUUAGAAGCACAAGAAUUAGCAAUCUUACAAAGAGACUGAAGUGAGAAUCAAUUUUGACGAAGCCUUAUUCCAUUAGAUUAGACAGAACUCAAAUCCAAAAAUCACCAAGGAUUAGAUGGUUCGUAUUUUCGAUGGGAAGAAUACUCAACUCAAUGUGAAUGUGAAGGAUAAGAUAUCCAUUCAAGAGUACUUGAAAUAGAAUAUAUACAAAUUCGAAUAGCAUUUGAAAUUGCAUCAACUGGUUUAAUUGGAGGAGGAGAUCGAAGCAUUUGAGAAGAACAUGUUGACACAAUUCUUCUAUCAAUUGCCAUAUGCCAAAGAAACAGGAGACAUUCUAUCUUGUAUUGACAACUAUUGCAACAAUCAAGUGUAUGAAAUAUUGAGUAGCAAUAUACACGAAUUUAAAUAUCUAGUACUUUAUCUGUUGAGUAAAGUGCAACUGAGUAUCAUGAAAUAGCAAUAUCGUUAUGCUUAACAAUUGUCACUGAAAUCUCAGGAGAUCAUCAAAGGAGUGGAGAUUACAUGUGUUCAUUUGCUGCAUGACAUAACGAAGACAGAGGAAGAACGACAGAAGAUCUAGAAUGUUCAUUUGUCAAUAGCAAAUCGAGAGUAAUUGUAUGAAUUGUAAGUGUCCAAAGAUCAAUUAAUAAAGAAUUGUAAGGAAGAUAAAAACAAACUCAAGGAUGUCAAAUAAUUGCCUUAUAAAUUAAAGUAGUAUGGGCAUUUCUUCCAGUAAGCUUUGGUGUAGAUUUACCAUCUGCAAUAACAAUAUUAAUUGGCUCAUGACAUUUCUGAAGAGUUCAUCAUUGAUACUUCAGGUGAGAUAGUCCAUGAUGUGAAACACUCCAAAAAGAAUUAGUAAGGAUAAUUUGUGAUUAAAGAGGAUAUCCUAAUCAAGAUGGUAAGUAGAUUAAAAAUGUAUUAUAUGAAAGUGUAAAUCAGUUUUGAUAGUUGGCGAGAUGCUGAUUUUCAGUAAGUGCAUGAUCUACUAAAUGAAGUUAAUAUCUUGCACAGUUACAUCAAAGUGGAUGAAGAGAACUUGGGAGAAAUCGACAGGAGAAAGUCAUCCUUGGUAAGAUAAUAACUGUAAAACACUCAAAUCAAAAUCAAGGAAGAUUUUCAACGAAGUUUGGAUCACACUUUGCAGUGGCUGUACAGGCAAGGCAAAUUUCUGUAGAUUAUGCAUUUGAAUAGGAGUAAGGACAAUCAUGGCAUACUGAAGAGGUUGAAGCCUUACACCAAGAAUUUCACUAUGUAAAAUUGUUUGUUGAGUCAAUUGAAUCAGAUUCCUCAAUUAGGGUGGACUGGAGAAUACUUCGCAGAAAUCAACGAUGAGAAAUCUACUUUGAAUAUCUUCAAAACAGUCACUGAAAUAAUGGAAGAAGUAUUCUUUAUCUCUGAGAGUUUCGGUCUCAAAUCCUAAAUCUUUCAGAAUUACAACAAACAACUAUUGGCUCUCCUAAUAUAUCAUUGUUCUUAAUUGCUCUAUUACAAUCCCAUUACGAUGAGUGAGGGAAUCUUCCAAGGAUUCAUGUAAAUACUGAAGGAUCAAAAUGCAGAACUGUUGAAUUGCAUCCUAUGCAUUAAGAUUUUGCAUAUACUCAUUCACACAUAGAAUCAUCAAUACCCUUACAUAACCAAAAAGGAGACUAAUAACAUUGAGGAGAUUAGUCAAGUAAUCAUGGAAUAGUCACUCAUCAAGUAGUUGCAAAUUUAUUAUUAACCCUUAGUGCCCUUUUUUUAUGAGGAGUAUAAUUCAAAGAACAACAACGAUUCUUGGCUCAAGAACAAUCUCAUGAACAACAUAAUCACGGAAUUAAUCUAAGGAUAUUUCUAUAUCAAUAGUAAGUAGAAUUUGGAAUCUUUGGAUGAUGAACAUCUUGAGACCUUUCUCAAAUCUAUAGAAGCCAAACAUGCAGCUGAAGAAUCAUUAUGCAAUAAAAAUGGAUUCAUGGUUGUGUAGCACAAUUUGGUAAGAGCAAGACUUUGCUUAAUAUCCUAAAAUCAUCAGCAAUUGCCGGUCAUUCUAUAGACAAUCAAUACGUAAAUGGAUCAGAUAGCCGAAGAGUUUGUACUGCAAACAGACACCAAAUCGUUGAUUCACAUGAUUCUCUUGUCCACCAUCGAUAUUAUUACCAUAGUCUAACAUCAAUUGGGAGGAACUUCACUUACUUAAUUGAUUGAGUUCAAGUAAAUGCCUUGGAUAAAGAAGGAGAAGUAUGAGAACUAUUACGAUAUCAAGUUUGUGAUUUUAAAGAUCUUAGAUCUAAAUCUGAAGAACCAACAAUUGGAAUUUGCAUCCGAAUUAUUGAAAUUCACCUUGAUGCUGUUUGAGAACAAAUCAUAUCUAUUCAAUUCUACUCAUUCAUCCUUCUAUCAAACCUUGCAAAUAUUCAACGUCAAGAUCUUCGCUUAUUAAGAAGAGAUUCGUUUGAACAUCCUCAAAGAAGACAAAACCGAUGAAAGACAAAUGGAAGAUCUCUUUGAACAAGUGUAGAAGGCCUAGAGUUUUACCAAGAGAUCAAAUAACUAUUUAGAAGUAAGCAAAUUAUUGUUGUCUUAAUCCCUUGAGUAAAAUGAAAUGACCUAGAUCAAGGCAGCCUUGGCAUAAAUUGAUUCAGCCUCCUUAGAAAAUCAAGUGGUUUUGUGUCAAUUAGGAGUUAAGUUAGUCAUUUACCAGAUGCACACUGGAUAAUAUUCAGAUGCAGAUACCACUGCAGCCAGUGUCUCAUAGAAACUGUUUUAAUUAAUCUACUCAUAAUUAUGUAAGGUUGCUAUAAGAUGGCAGGCUGAGAAAACAUUCUAAAAAUCAACUAAAAAGGAUUUGAAGGUAGAGGAGAUGUUCAAAAUAUUAAAUUAAAAUGCUUAGAUUUAUGAGAAAUACGAACAUAAUGUAUUGGCACUUCUAGAACCAAUCAAAGAACUCUUUUUGAAUGUUCGAUAAUUUAAAACAUUGAAACAAAUCAUUUUCCUAAGAACAGCGUUUCAGUAUCUUGAAAGUUUACAUACCCUAGCAAUCAUGAUGAAAGGAGACUUUAAAUUGGCUUAGGCAAAUUUAUCUUUUGUGGAUAAAUUUGGUUAGCAAUCCCAAGUUGAGGAGAUCAUUACACUUAAUUCUAAUAUUCAGAUGAACUUGGAUUUAAUUAUUGCAGAUUAUAUGAAAGGUAUUUCAAAAUCUCAAUUAAUGAUACAAACUAUUGAAGAUAAACAAUAGUUAUUAAAUGUUCAAAUCAAAACAACCAAAAAUGAAAGAGUUUUUUGCAAUUUGGAAUUCGACAAAUUCUUUGAAAUCAAAAGACCUGAACAAGAAUCUAUUAAACCCCUCAUCUUUUCUUAUGACUAAACACUUAUGAAAAGUGCACUUAGACCCUACUUUGAAAUCAAUAGACUCAAAACAGAAGCCUUUUUAUGCUAUUUGGAGUCUUCUCUUAAUGUCGCAGAUAAAUUAACCCAAGUCGUCGACCCUAUGUUUGCUAUAUAAAAAUACGUAUAGUAAUAAUAUGGAUCGAAUCAUAUCUUUAAUGCUCACAUCCAAAGAUUGAUUGCUGGAAUGUAUGCUGAAUUCUUGACUACUUUAAGAGUCAAAGAUCUAGAAGAACAACUAAUUACUGAUACAGAAGCUAAAAUCAGUACAUUCAAGUCUGAGUUGAAUCAAAAAACCAUCAAGAUUUUGGAAAGCAAAGUCAAGAAUAAAUGCUCCCCAGCUAUGGAAUAGAAAUACUUGGAAACCAAAUCAUUCAUUUAGUCAAAGAUAACUGUGCUAGAAGGCAUCAAUGAAGGAUUGUCCAUUGAUUUAGUUUGCAGAUGGUCAUUAAUAGCAGCAAACUAAUCUUAUUCCAUUUACAGGAGCUUUUGUCAGGAAUACUCCUAUGAGUACAGUCCCUAAUUAGCUUAUCUCUAUUCCACUUACUCAGAUAUCUAUUUUAUCCAAAGUAAAAUUGUGUCAACAAUGAGGUACUUGGAAGAGGCUAAAAGUGCCUAUGAGUUUUGUUAAACAUCCAUUUACAACCCAGACUAUUGCAAACUAACAUUUAGAUAAGGAUAUCUAAGAUAGAAUAUAAUGAAUAUGAUUAAGAACUACGUGGAUGUUCUCAUGGGGUUGUCAUUAUUAACUCCAUCCAAAAAGUUUGAGAUCCUCACCUUAAUUCUUAAAGAGGAUAAAACGUACCUUCAACAUUUUGACAAUUAUAAGACCCACGGAUUUAUUAGGUUUUUGGAGUAGAAUUUGUUGAAGCAAUUAGAAUUGGACACUCUAUCUGGUAAGAGAUUGCCAGAUUUGCAAAGGAAGGAUUAGAAGAAAUUAAUCCAAUUCUUAUAAGUGGAAGGUGACAAAUUAGCCUUCUAAUUAACAAUUGAUCAGAAAGCAAAGGUCCCUACUCAUACGAUCGAACUCAUAAUCAAAGAUGGCAUCGAGACUCUAUAAAAGGAGAAGAUAAAGAUGGAUUAUUCGGGAGAGGAAUACUUUUAAAAGGCAUAUUAAAUUUGCAAGGCUCUAUUGCCCGUGGAUAAUCCAUUAUGCCAGAAAUUGGAGUUCUAUGCAGUUAAAUAAAAGUCUAAGGCCAAAAGAAGAACUAGUACAACUUGA